AUGACACAGAGCAUAAAGCAGGUUAAAUCUGGAUCCUCCCAGGGAAUUUGGCAAGCAUCAACUCAAAAUGUACCUGUUCAUCAGACAACAUCCAGUAGCUCCCACCAUGGGGCAAGCCAUCAGGUCCGCCAUAGAAGUAAUUUCAGAGCUCCCAGUGUCCAUGGAGGAUCAGGUGGAAGUGGCAUUAGCAUCUCCAGACACUUCACUCAAGGCUGGAACUCUGGAAUUUCAAAUUUUUAUACCAAUGGAAAUCACCAUGGCAACCAUGGGGCUCACAACAUGUUAAGGUAUGAUGGCCUUUUAUGUUUCAAUGAAAAGGAAACCAUGCAGCUACUAAACAACCGGUUGGCUUCAUAUAUGGAAAAUGUAUGCUCCUUGGAGCAAGAAAAUAGUCAACUGGAGAGGAAUAUUCGACAAUGGUAUGAAAAGAACCAGUCUGAUGGUCUGCCUGACUGUGGCAAUUACUUCAGCACCAUUCAGAACCUCCAGAAACAGCUCCCUGCAGCCUAUGUGGAAAAUGCCAAAGUGUUCUUGGACAUGGACAAUGCCAAAAUGGCUGCGGCUGACCUAAGGAAUAAGUUUGAGCUGGAUAUGAGUCUACGAAAAAACAUUGAGUCUGAUAUUAAUGGUCUGCGAAGAGUUUUAGAAAGUCUUAACAUGGAGACAUGUGACCUACAGAUGACUGUUAACAGUCUUCAGGAGGAGCUUCAAGAACUGAAGAAGAAUCAUGAGGAGGAAGUAAACUGCCUACGUACACAGCUGGGUGCCAGGGUCAGCGUUGAAGUGAAUGCUGCUCCAUGUGUGGAUCUCAACAGUGUGCUGUCAGAGAUCCGACAACAGUAUGAAAAUUUGAUGGAAAGAAAUCUACGAGAAGUUGAAGAGAUCUUUCUUGCAAGGAGUGAAGAACUGAAUAGAGAGAUGAUUUCUGGGGCAGAACAGCUGCAGUCAGUUUCUGGUGACCUCCUGGAGUUGAAGCGUAAUAUGCAAACUUUAGAGAUAGAACUUCAGAGUCAGCUAAGCAUGAAAUUUGCUCUUGAGGAAUCCCUGAUUGAGACUGAAUCUACUUAUGGCUCCCAACUUGCCCAGUUACAAGGCCUGAUCAAUAAUGUAGAGUCUGAACUGGCACAGAUACGCUUUGAUCUGGAGCAACAAAAUAUCGCAUACAAACAGCUUAUGGACCAGAAGAACCAUUUGGAAAUGGAAAUUGCCACAUACAAGCAUCUUCUAGAAGGGCAUGAAAUGCAGCAUGUGAAAAUAACAAAAGCAAACUUGCAAAGGUCAUCAAAUGAUCACACAAGUUCACCAGACCAAGUGUUAAAUGAAACCAGUGAAGCCUCCAUUGCAACUUCCAAGUUUCUCCACUCCCAAAAACAACUAAGAACCCAUCUUUUUACAGCUCACUUCGAAAAACUGCUAAAACCCAUGGCUACUAGUCAAAUUCCAUUCAUCUUGAAAGUCAUUUAG